CAUAUCCUUGGAUCCCGAUGACUCUGCACCCCGCACAGACCACCCAGGCUAUCCAGAACUGUGUCUCUUCGUGGAUGAAGUUCUCGGUUCUGAGGAACGAAAACGUUUCCUGCAGCAUACCUUACCAGUACUGGCAGACAAGGCAUCUGCUUUGGGGAGAAAACAAACCACCGGAGGGAUUUCUUUACAGUUUGAAGAAAGAGGCUUGUUCUUUCCAGUUGGAACGAUCAUUCGUGGCUUCACUUCUGGCAAAUGCAUUCUUUUCCGAUUUUCCAAGAAGGAGUACCAAAACUCAUCCCACACUUCAAGAUUUUGGGAUGGCUGAUUUCUUCACAAAUCUCAACAAGCGCAGUCAUCAAAAGAAGCUAAAAGCAUUCCUUCGAUAUUUUGAAAAAUUGGAAGAAGAACCAAAGGGGAAUAUCAACUUUGUUCGAAAGGUGGUGACAGGACCUUCCUUGCCAGGAUGGUUGUGCAGCGAUCGGCCCCUGGUACCACUUGUCGUCCGCACCAAAGGAAGCGCACUCGAAGCUGAAACCAGAGUGUUCAGAGCUUGUUCUUGUACAUCACUGAUUGGAGGAGACGUUUUGAAAACUUCUACAUCCCAAGAGGCAAGGUUAUUUUUUUCUUUUCCUGAACUUCUGGCUUGUCUGUGCUUCGUCGAAAGCUUGGGGGAUGGCGAAGCACUUCUUGUAGAAGGAGUUCGAAUUUAUUCAAAACAGUUGAUGUGUCAAGACUCUACAACUCCGGAGUUGAACUUCAGCUUGUUGGAGUGUCCAGAUUUCUCAUCCGAACCGAACAUCCAAUUUUCGGAUGUUUCUUUACUGCAGGCAUUGAAUCGGGCUCUUGCCGCCUUUCUCCACGAACCCAGACAAGAUGAGGAGAGGAGACACACACCUGUGGGAGAGAGCUCCGGCGAAGAAACGCGGGACAAAAAGAGAAAGCAGAAUGAGGAAUAUUCAUCAGAGCGGAAGAAAGGCUAUCUACCACUCAUUGAACAGAAGUCGAGCAGUCGCCGUAGCUCCGCCUCUUCCGAGUGUCAAAAGAGCACCCGUAAAAAGACGUCUGUGAGAAAUAACAGCCACAGUUCCAGCAGGUUAUCCAUGAAGACAGCAAGUCAAUCUUCGAUGGAAUUGCCACCUAUACGACAUACUAGAGAAGAGGAAUUUUAUACUGCUGACGAAGACAGUGGCGAUGGAUCUGAAGCUGCCACGAGAACAAAGCUCAGGCGAGAAAAGAGAGCCUCCGUAGCGAUGAAUGACUUGCUACGGGAGGAUUCUUCAACGGAUCCUAUGCGUCGUUCCUCUCACAGGCGAUCCUCUUCAACUCAGAGUUUUGAUGCCAGCCUAUCGUCAGAUGGUCGAUCGGGAUCCGUGGGCUUCGUGCUUGGCGGUGAAAGUGAAGACGACUGGCCGUCCGUCGGUGGUGGAUUUGAAGCUCACGAACGUCUAGAGGAUUUCAGGAAAAGGAUUAGAAAGCGCACCAGGAGGAAGCUGUCCAGGCGAGGCAGCAGCAGCUACAUGGCGGGCUCCAGCGGCAGCAGUGACAUGGAAGACAUCUCUGAAGAUCCCGAGGAAUGGUCUGGCGGAGAGGAUAAGGGAAGACCUCGAUAUUUGAGGCCUACUAGCUCGGAGCCUUUGCUGUUUGCGCCUCCAGAGGAAACAUUACAUUCUCCUUCGGCCAAACUUCCUCUCUCUCCGGAGGCUUUAUUCUCUCUUGGAUCUAAAAAGGUGAUGAUGGCUACUUCAAGCAGCGGUUAUUUGAAAGCCUACUCAUAUGACGGAGUGAGUCCAAACCUACCUGUACCGUUCAAGGCGAAAUUUCGCCGGCGGAGGAGACAUAAUUCAGAAGAAGGGGACAUUUCUCUCGAUGGUCAACUAAUGAUGGAAAGAAGCAGCAGUUUAGAAGAUUUGUCGUCAUGUUCGCAUUCUGGGCGGAGGAAAGCAAGCACGGCACAUUCAGAGCCAGUAUCUUCCCGCUGCCCCGUGGCUGCAGAACCAUGUUCUGGAGAUGGUGACAGCCAACUAAAAUCAAUAAUAUUGUGGCUAGCUGCGAGCAUGGCUAGACUACCAACACUCAUUAUUUAUACCCAACAAGAGCCGCAGCUGAAUGAGUUGACUUCCGUGUACAACAAAGUGCUAAGUAGGCAGUGGACUAUAGGCGACCUGUCAUGCGAAGUUCUUCGCUUCUGUCGAAAUAGAAUAUCACCUCGCCAUCCGAUGGGCAUCUCAUCCCGCCUCUUUGGUCAACUGAUUGGAAGUGAAUCCUCAGCAUCGUCUCUGUCUUAUAAUAUGAGUCAACAGUCACUGGACUGACGAUUAGUAUAUGUGUAUUGUAUACAAAUGCGUGCCUCAAGUUUACAGAAAUAAAUGCAUU